AGAGUGAGGGGAGCUCAGAGAUUUCUGGAAAUUGGGGAGGUCACAGAGAUUGGGUGGGAUGGGGCUGUGGAAAGAUUUGAAAACAAAGAUGAGAAUUUGAAGAUCAUGGUGUCACUUAACUGGAGAAAAUGUAAGUCAGAGCACAGGGACAAUAGGGGAGUCAGGUUUUGAUAUAGGUUAGGAACAGGUGGCAGGUUUGAAUUAUCUUAGAGAUUCAUGGAGGAUAGAAUGUGGCCAGGCUGGGGCCAUUUGGAACAGUCAGUCUACUGUGAAUGAUGGUUUCAGCACCUGAUGAACGGAUACAGGGUGAAGAAGAGAAAAUGCUAUGGAAAUGGGUGCUAGUGAUUUUGAUGAUGGAGAUAAAAUGGAGCUGCAGGGUCAUCUCAAGGUCAGAUUGGAUGCAUGGAGGUCAGCUUCUGCUUCAGAUAGGGGUGAGUUGGCACAGUGGGCUUUUGCCCGAAAUGUUGAUUUUCCUGCUCCUCGGAUGCUGCCUGACCUGCUGUGCUUUUCUAGCGCCACUCUGAUCUAGACAGUGGAGUCUGUGGCUAGGAAGCAGGAGUCAAAGAGGAGGCUUCAGUUUUCUCCAUGUAUAACUGAAGAAAAUCUCUGCCUGUCAAAUAGGGGAAAAGUAUGGUUUGAGAGAGUGAUAAUGAAGUGGUUCUCAACGUAUACAGGGGAGUGAGACAUAAAGGGGACUGAGGUCCAGGGCUAGAAGCAGGAGGAGAAAUCAUCACCUCCGGUUUGGAUAAUUCUGAAAGAAAACAGGUCAGGGCUGUGCCAAGAGACCGGACAGUUCAAGAGAAACAUUGAAAGAUUAAUGAUUGGUCAUCUCUGUGAAAGGUUACAGAUUGAUGGAGAGGACAAGAUGGUUCAGUUCCUACAGCCUUAGUUUGUAACACCGCACUUACAUGGCAAGGAUAGGAAUCUGACUGAAGAGAUUCAAACAGAGUUUUGGGAGAGGUACCAUGGAUUUAUUUGGGAUAUGGCGAAACUUUCAAGGAGUUGGGAGUUUACAAAGAUAGUUGGGUCGUCAAUAUUUUUUCUGAGUGUGGACAGGUUUUGACAGGGAGCGGACAGAACUCUAUUAAAGCUAAGCUAGGAGGGGUCAGGUAAGGUAGGGUGAGCCGUGGGAGUUCCUCAGUGUGGUGUUGCCUGAGGUUCCCAUUGCUGUAACCCAGAGCUGCUCAGAAUCUGCUGCAUCUCCCAGAACACGGCCCGAAGCGCGUUACAAUUUGUGCUUUGAAAUGAUUUAAAGUCACUCGGUCAUUUUCCGGUCAGGAAUUGGGAACCCCAGCUUCAUGUUCCAGAUCCACAGUCUCUCACUCCGUUUCAGUUCAGCCCCGGGGGUGGGGAGUGUGUGGGAGUGAAAAGUGCUGGGGUUCAGGUGUGAGCUCUCAAAUGUGACCAGUACUCAGGCCAACCCGGGAGAGAGGGACAGAGGAACAGAAAGGAGCCAGGGCACGGGCACAGGCAAGGAAGGGGGAGGAACAGGGACAGUGCGGGGCGGAGCGGGGAGCAGCAGCAGCUCCUUAUAGAGAGAGGGAGGUAACUGGCAGCUCUCCAGAGACAGAGGGAGUCAGAGAGAGAGAGAGAGAGCUGGCCACAGUUACUGAGGGAGACUCUGAGGGACUGACGGAGAAUCUGAGGGAGUGAGGGAGACUCUGAGGGAGUGGGUGGUGUCCCCCAGCCGUGGGGGCUGUUCCCUGAGAAGCCACACUCGGUCAUGUUCCACUUCGAGGAGAAGCCCAAGGCCGGUGGGGGUCCUGGGGAGGGUGCCCAGGGAAGGGGGCAGCCCCUGGACACCAAGCUGUACCGGAGGCGCUGGGUGAUCGUCUUCUUGUUCAGUUCGUACUCGCUGUGUAACGCGUUCCAGUGGAUCCAGUAUGGGAUCAUUAACAACAUCAUCAUGAAAUAUUACAAUGUCGCCUCGUUCACCAUUGACUGGCUCUCCAUGAUUUACUUUGUCGCCUACAUCCCCAUCAUUUUCCCGGUCACUUGGCUCCUGGACCGUAAGGGCCUCAGGGUCAUCGCCCUGGUCGGCAGCGGCCUGAAUUGCUGUGGCGCCUGGAUCAAGAUCGCCAGCGUGCGGCCGGACCUAUUCGCGGUCACCUUCUUCGGACAGACCGUGUGUGGCAUCGCUCAGGUCUUUAUCCUGGGAAUGCCGUCCCGGAUCGCCUCUGUCUGGUUCGGGGCCAAUGAGGUGUCCACCGCCUGCGCCAUCGCCGUCUUCGGGAACCAGAUGGGAGUUGCACUGGGUUUUCUUAUUCCCCCCAUGAUUGUACCAAAUGUGGAUGACUUGGAUCAAUUGACUUACCACAUCAACAUCAUGUUUUAUGGCACUGCUGCAGUAGCAACUCUGCUGUUUAUCCUUGUUAUUCUCGUUUUUCAGGAGAAGCCAGAUAUUCCACCAAGCCAAGCACAGGCAGCUAUCCUUGCCAAACCUAUGCUGGAUUAUUCCUACGUCCAGUCAAUACUGCAAUUGGUUAAAAAUAUGCCAUUUUUCCUACUUGUUGUUACCUAUGGAAUUAACACAGGUUCCUAUUAUGCAGUUUCAACGCUUCUGAACAAGAUGGUGCUGACACAUUACCCAGGUGAAGAAUUGAAUGCUGGGAGGAUUGGGCUCACUAUUGUGGUUGCUGGAAUGGUUGGUUCCAUUAUCUGCGGAAUCUGGUUGGACAAAACCCGAACAUACAAACAAACAACAUCAGUGGUUUACUUCCUGGCCUUCGCAGGAAUGGUGACUUUCACAUUCACACUUAACUUGGGUCACCUGUGGGUUGUCUUUCUGACUGCUGGAAUGCUGGGGUUCUUUAUGACGGGUUACUUGCCGCUUGGCUUUGAAUUUGGUGCUGAGCUUACCUAUCCUGAGUCUGAGGGAACAUCUUCAGGCCUGCUUAAUGAAUCUGCCCAGGUUUUCGGAAUUACUUUUACCAUUGCACAGGGUAAACUAAUUGAUCACUUUGGGACUGUGGCAGGAAACAUUUUCAUUUCUGUGUUUCUCUUCGUUGGAACUGUUAUAACAGCAACAAUUAAAGCAGACCUCAGGAGACAGAAGGCAAACAUGCAUGUGUCACCAGACACGAAUGUAGGAGGCCUGAUUAGUAAGUCUGCGGAUGACCCAAAGAUUAGGGGAAGCUGCAGAGAGUGA